AUGGAGCUCCUCGCCGUGCUGCUUCUCCUGCAGCUGAUAGAUUCUUAUCAAUUAGACAGUCUACGUCCUUUACGGCGUACGAAAAGGACAUGGGUUAUCACCACCAUUGAUGUUACAGAGGAGGAGAAAGGACCAUUCCCAAAAUAUGCUGGACAGCUGUUCAACAACAGGUCAUUUAAUACAUCAGUAAAAUAUUUAAUUAGUGGACCUGGGGUAGAUGAAUCUCCAGAGAUUGGAUUGUUUUCUAUAGAAGAUGACGAAAACGGGCAUGUGUAUGUACAUCGUACCAUUGACAGAGAAAAGACUCCAUCUUUUCAGAUACGUUUCGAUAUUGUGCACAGAGAAACUGGUCAGCCUUUGGACCGCCCUUUGUUUUUCAAGAUAAACGUAAAAGAUGUUAAUGAUAACGCACCUGAGUUUCCCAAAGAGGAAUUCAGCGUUACAAUAAGGGAGAACCACAGUGAAGAUGAGCCAGUUUUCCAAGUUACUGCCUUGGACAAAGAUGAAGGUGGCACUGCUAAUUCUCAGGUGUCCUAUUCUCUAAGUACGCAAAUGCCCCUUCUAGAUGGAUUCACAUUUAACAUUGAUCCUACCACAGGAACAAUACAUCUGUCUGGAUGCCUGAAUUAUAAGACUGCCAGCACUUUCAAACUUCUGGUGAAAGCCUAUGACCAAGGAACUCCCCAGCUGUCAUCUACUGCAACAGUGAAUGUAGCUAUUGAAGAUGCAAACAACCAUCCCCCUGUAUUUACUAGGGAUAAUUACCAGCUACAGAUUUCAGCAGGCCGAGAACACUCAGCUGCAUUAUGGCUCCAAGUGGAAGAUGAAGACUCGCCUUACACUCCAGCUUGGAGAGCCAAAUACGCAAUAAUAAAAGGCAAUGAGAAGGAACAGUUCACCAUUGAGACUGACCCAGACACAAAUGAAGGCAUUUUGAGUGUUAUCAAGCCUCUCAGCUAUAAAGAUGACUCUGAGAAGAGACUCAUAAUUUCUGUAGCAAAUGAAGAACCUUUCUUCUCAUGUGAAAAUGGCAUUGUGAUGAUCUCAAGCCUAGAACCCAUGAACACAACUGUGAAUAUCAAGGUUACAGAGUCACAAAAUGUUCCCCAGUUUCAUCCUCCUAUACUUGUUGUCCAAAAAGAAGAUGCGAUGAAGCCUGGGAGAGUGUUUAGAAAGUAUCUUGCUACAUAUCCAGAUGGUGGGCCAAAUAAGAUUAGAUAUGAACUAUCCCGUGACCCAGCUGGAUGGCUGAGUGUAGAUGAGAAUUCUGGAGUUCUUAGUGUAGUAAAAGAAUUUGAUCAAGAAUCCCCUUAUGUGAACAACAGCCUGUACACCAUCAUCGUCCAUGCUAUUGGUCAUGAUACUCCACCACAGACUGGUACUGGCACCAUCCUGCUUUAUUUGUCUGACAUUAAAGAGCAUAUGCCAACGUUAGUGGCUCCUUCUUUAGAUGUGUGUGACAAAAAAGAAAGGAGACCUCUCAUUAUAAAAGCUAAGUCUCCUUUGGUGCAUUCACAUUCUUGGCCAUUUACAUUUGAGCUUGCUGAAGACUCUGAAGAUGUGAAGAGUACCUGGAAAUUAGGAAGGAACUUUGUGGAGUCGGUGGAACUUUUAAUGUUAAGAAGCCUCCCACAAGGUACCUACGUGGUGCCGUUCAUUAUUCGGGACAGGCGAGGACUUUCUACAAGGCAGAGUCAGCAUAUAAGGCUCUGCUUUUGCCCAGAUGGGCAUGCAUGUGAAGAUUUACCACAAGGAGCCGUGAGAUUUGGAGGUGGUGCCAUUGCAAUAAUACUGACAGCUUUAUUACUACUAUUGGUUUCCAGUAUUUUACUUUGUCAGUUUCAUGUGCCACAAUCUAAAAGCAAAGCUGUUGUUCUACCUCAAGAAGGUGAACAGACUUUUAUCAACUAUAAUGAAGAGAGCAGAAAGCCUUUGUCUCACAGUGGCCUAUACACUGGACAAAAGACAGUCCAAGUAAGAUACCGUGAUCACAUCAUACAGACAGUAGACAAAAUAUUGAAUCAGAAAUUGUAUGACCAAAGUGCACUGGAACCUUAUUGGGCAAGCUAUGCACCUUGCAUAUAUGCUGAGGAAGGAGAACUGGAGAAAAGUAACUCCUUCCACUCUCUCUCCAUGGGCAGUGAUGACUUGCCCAUAGAUUUUUUGAACACUCUAGGACCGAAGUUUUCUGCUUUGGAGGAAAUCUGUCAGAAGCGAUUUUCGUCAUUCAGUUAA